AUGGCGCAGCUAGCCGUGAGACCGAGAGAGGCCAACUCGCCCGACGCCGCCCCUAUAGAGGCCACCACGUCCGCCGCCGCCGCCCCUACAGACGCCGACUCGCCCGCCGCCGCCCCUAUAGAGGCCGACUCGCCCGCCGCCCUCUCUAUGGAGGCCGACUCGCCGGCCAUGCCAGCCACCGUCGGUAGAGAGGCCGACUCGCCGGCCACUGUCCGCAGAGAGGAUGACUCGUCGGCCACCGUCCGUACAGAGGCCGACUUGCCGGCCACCCCUCGCUCCGUCUGCAGUCCGUCUGUGGCGGCGGCGGCGGAGGCGGCGGCGGCGGAUCCGGACGGCAACCCGGAGCGGCCAGACAGCCUGUCUCCGCCAGUGACUGACCGGCCGCCGCUGGCAGGCCGUCACAAGCUGUAA